UGUCCUGCGACGGGAACGAGGGAGGUUGCCGGCGCGGCCGGCUUUCAUUCCCUCCCUCUCCUUUGCUUGCCCACUCCGUCGCUCGUGCGAGUGGGCUCCAAUUUUCCAACCAGAAAAACAACAACGAGGAAAGGUUGCUGCUGUUGCAGGUCGAUCCUCGACCCUGAUUCGAUCCUUGGGAAGACGAGGAGGCAACAACUGAUUGAUAGAUAGAUCAAGGAGGGCGGCCGUGGACGAGAGAUGGAUCAGAUCAUGGGGAAGGUGGGCGGCUACUGGUUCAACCAGAAGGCCAACAAGGAGCUCGAGGACAUGAACUCAGUCUCUAGCAGCAUUGGAGAUGGAGCUAAAUGGAUGGUCAACAAAAUCAAAGGGAAGAUGCAGAAACCACUGCCUGAAUUCCUCAAGGAGUAUGACCUCCCAGUAGGGCUGUUCCCGCAGGACGCGACCAACUACGAGUUGAACGAAGACACCAAGUUUCUAACGGUGUACAUGGCGUCGCCAUGUGAGGUGGGGUACAAGGACUCGUCGGUCCUGCGGUUCGCCACCAACGUGUCGGGGUACCUGGAGAAGGGGAAGAUGACCCACAUCGAGGGCCUCAAGACCAAGAUCCUGAUCUGGACCAAGGUGACGGAGGUCAGGGCCGAGGCCACCAAGGUGCACUUUGCUGCCGGCAUGAACAAGACCAGGAAUCGGGACGCCUACGAGGUUGUCAGCGAUGGCCUUGUCGUAGACAAGUUCUAGACCAUAGGUAUGCAUUGCAAUGCAGCUAGCGUUUCCUUUCCUGACGAGGAAAGUGUGAACCAUGGCGGCCCUUUGAGGCUGUACUAUGCCAAAACAUGCAUGUUCUUGCUAACCUGUACAAAGCUGUACUGUUACUCAUUCUGGGAGUGAUCAUUUCGGUAUGCCUGCUCUGUACCGCCGAAAGAAAGGAAUAUUGUGUACAUUAACAAGAGAACUGCUCCGGUACUCCUUGUCUAA